AUGAGCGAGGACCGCACCCACAUGCCCCAUCACCUGGAGCAGCAGCACCCCAACGCCAACAAGGGCCUUUUCGUGCGGCUGAGGGAAAACCAGGAGAGAGACAACACGAAGAAGGCGGGGGCGGUGCUGGCAUCAUUCAUCAAGAGUAAACUAGCAGAACACCAGCAACAGCGUAGUAGCGGCCACGACGGAGGAAACAACACUUCCGAUUCCCCCGCCGGAAAGGAUCUCGCUGUGUUACGUCCCAAGCAGCAGCACGGCGGUAUCUUGCCGCGGGAGACUCCUGUGCCUCCUCCAUACUACGUCCGACAGCAGAAGAAGAAGCGAGACGAGGAAGUUGUCGUAGUCCGCCGAACGACACAGAGGAAAACGCGGGCGCCGCGGGAAGUCGUCAACGAGGAGGAAUCCUGGCGCGAGCCCUCCCCCCCCCCGCGCCGUGACGCCAUCAGCCCGGACUUCGAAACAGGUCAUGAGAGGUCACGGUACGCCGAGCGGGGAGCAGCCACGCUCAACAGACCCCGCCCAAGUUUCGACACCGCGGCGAGCAUCACCACCAUCGACUCCUUCGAUACGUUGGCGGCCUGUGCGCCGGCCCCGACGCCUCGGACUCGCCCACCCCAACGCUGUCCGACCGUCGCCAAGAGCUCUUCUCGAAGACCCCGGGGCGCGAGCAACAGCGGCAACAACGGCAGCGGCCACAUCCGAAACGACCCCGCGGUCGUAGUGCACGCGAAGCAACCGGCGAUUACUACUGCGACGGUCGGCCAGGGGGCGGCACCGGCGCUGCCGGCACCGGUGGUGCGGUCCCACCCCGUCCACGCAGAGCCGCCGCCAACGUCUGAGCCGUCUGAGCCUAGGUGGCUAACGCCGCCCUCAUCCCACUUGGAGCUCCUGCGCUCGAGAAUUGGCGGCACGUCCCCCGUCCCCGUAGACUCGCACUCGAAGCAGUCUUCGACAUUCUCCGGCCCGGGUGGCGGAGGACGUGCGCGCUCGAACCCGGGGGGGGAGCGGGAGGAGCUCGACGAUAGCUGCAGCCUUGCGAGCAUCCUGCCGGGGGGAAACCGCUUCGAACACCGGGACCGUUCCGAACCGACAAGCCGGAGGAGCGAUGCUGCGCCGGGAGCGAAGCAUUUCGGUACUCCGCCCCCCGGGCCGAGGCCACACCCGGGAAGGGAUCUCGAAACGUCGCGACAGGACCAGGAUCCGACUCCUCCCACGCCAGGAAGGAGGAGGGCGGGGGAGGGGGAGAAGGGUGACAAGAGCGGUGGUGGCGGUGGCGGUAGCGUUGAUGGGGGGACGCCUCAGCCUCUGACGAUCAGGGUCGCCUCGACUUCCUACCGCUCGAGCCCGCACAAGGCGCAGCAAGGGCGCCGCGGCAAUGACAACUUCCCAUUCUCUCCGUUGGUCGUGCAUCCCUCUCCAACAUCCGCCUUUGCGACUAGCCGCAACUCCUACCACACCGCGAAUGUGAGGAGCACGGGCGGCGGCGGCGGCGGCGGCGGCGCCACCGCCGAGAUGCGCGUGAGAAUAUGCGAAAACUCCGAGAAGGAAAAAGCGGCGAAAUUUCCUUCGAGGGCAGCGGCGGCGGGGGCGGCGGGGGCCGCGGCUGUAGAGCCCGCGAUCGCGGUGGAUAAGCCCCCGGUGUUCAUGGCACCGGGUGGUGAGCCGGGAUCGUCCCCUUUUGCAUCUCCCCCGGUGUGGGUCACACGGCAUAUCGACUGCUCAGACACGUGCGGGCUGGUGUUGGUGAUGUCGGACAGCAGCGUGGGCUUGCUCUUCAACGACGGCACCAAGAUGAUAUUCGGCCCCGACGGGGAUACGCUGGAUUACACGGAGCCCUCGUCGCCGCCGACCCACAAGCUCGAGUUGGGGGCGGAGGGGCGGGCACGCGGUGGUAGCGACGCCGCCGCCGCCGCCACCGACACCGCCGGGCUGGGAUACCCACGCCGGAGCGCCUGCGAUGGCGCCACGUCGUACAACUACACGUUGGACAGCUUUCCGUUCUACCUCCGAAGGAAAGUGGCUGCCGUACGGUACUUCCGCGAGCAUCUCCUGCCGGAAGGCGGUAGCUUUGCGGACAGCACCGGCCAAGAGACUGGGUGCACAUCGCCGGCGGUGGCCGAGGCGGCGGCGGCGGUAGUGGGGCAAGGCCGGCAAGCCCCACUGGCAUUCAUCGAGAAGUGGCAGCGCGAGGGGGAUUCAGGAAGGCCGCGGGGGAGAGGCGCGAAGUAA